GAAACGAAAGUGCGUGCUACCUGAUUGUAGGAACUGUUUUUUGUGGAUACGUUUUCGUCCGGAAUUUAUAGAGUGCGGACAAUGUGGUGCAGUGAGGAAUGUAGUCCGUAAGGAAGAUGGAGUUUGACUUCUCCUUUGAAGACUCGGUGUUCUCAGAAAGCAGAGAUCGGAGUGCGGGGAGGGAUGUGUCUUAUACAGCCAAGCAAUGUGAGCCUCAGUGGUUCUGUGAAGAUGUGAAAGGUGAUGACCCCAGUGAUGAGCAUACAGUACGGAAAUUCCGGGCAGACUUGUCCUACAGACAGGAAAACUUUCUGAAAGCAUUUGAUGAGUACAGAAGUUGCUAUGAGCUGCUACCUGCUGCCAACAAUGCAAUGAGAAGGGAUGUGUUGGAAAGCCAGGCACGCUGCUUAAUCCACCUGGGAAGACCUACAGAAGCACUAGAAAUUGUGCAAUCCCUGAUGAAAGGAGUUAACAACACCGAUCACUUGACGGGUGCUUUGAAUCUCCAAGUCACUAUUCACAUCCAUUUAGGGAAUUUAGAGGAUGCGGUAUCUGAUUUGCAGCAGUUGGUCACCUUGCACUCAUUCAAUCCACAUUUCUGGAUAUCGCUGGCUGAAUCCUACCGAAGUCUAUCAUCUGCUGCCUCCCACUGCACAAAUGCAUCAGUUAAUACCAGUGAGCCUUCAGUUAGAGAACAUUUGUGUGUAAAUGAUUCCUUAAGAAUUGUGGACACUUCUAAUUUGAGGGAUAAUAAAACGAUACAGAGACAUUGUAGUAAGAAUAACACCUUUGCGUCUAUAUUAGACUGCUGCAGGAAUAGCGCACAGCUUUGGAUCUGGUCAUGUGCAUCUUUCAUCAGAGCAAGACUUCUCCUGAAUUUUAUCCAACACCACCAUGCUUCCUUUGCAUUGGACCAGAAUUUGAAGACUCAAAAUUAUAUAGAGGAGCAAUUAAAUCAGAUGGAGUUAGCAGAAGAAUCCAAAACUAUAAUAACGAAUGUCAUGAGUGAAGAUCUUUUAGCAGAAAGAAUACAAGAAGAAGGACAUAUUGAAACAAAAAGUACUCAGGCAUUGAACACUUUCGUAAUGCCAACUGAUACAGAGUUUAAAGAGAAGUGGUUUAAAAAAAUUCAGUCACUGCUUUUGGUCCACAGAUGAAAAUGGUUGUAUUUGUCUUUCUC